AAGGCCUUUCUCCAGUGGCAUUAUAUUCUGAAAGGGCAGUCUGGCGUCUUUUUAAAAAGUUCCUGCCUUGAGGUUUAUCUAGACAGAGUCCCUUAUCACCUUUUGCAUGGAUAAAAGGGGACAAAAUAAGCGGCUUUAGUAAAACGGCAGUGGAGUAAACCCCUCUCACAAGAAAGUGAAUCUGCCAUCUAGGGCUGCGCAGUCCUCUGUGAGGUUGGAGCCUGGGUUCUUUCCCUCUGCUUUGCCGUCUUCCAUGCCCGGCUCCCCGACACGGCCAGAGAUAGCUGCUGAGAUCCAGCCAUCCCGUCACAGUUCCAGCCGGCAGGAAGACGGGAAGAAAGGCUUCCUGGAGGCUUUCCCUGAGGAAUGCUGCCUUACAUUCACACACGGCCCAUCUGCCCCCUUGGCCGGAGCGUAAUUCCAAGGCCACAGCGGUUGCGAGAGAGGCUGGAGAAGGUGGCCUUGAUGCUCGGUGGCCCGGUGCCCCGGUCACCAUCAGGGCUGUUUGUUGCAUGAGGAGGGAAGUGGGCACUGGGGGAUUGGCUCUCUCUGCCCUCGCCUUUCUCUUGGGCAGGUCUGUAGCACACAGGCCUUGCACGCAGGGUCCCGGUGUUACUGCUGAGACCUGCUCUAGAAACAGACAGAGAAGGGUGGCCUCAGGCUUAGAAACCAGCCACUUGACACCCUCCGGUUUUCAGAUUAGGACAGUGAGGUCCAGAGAGGUUCAUGAAAGCAGCUGAGAUCACACAGCAAGUUGGCAACAUCGGACUCCCAGCUCCUGUCAGUGGGAGUAGUUUUGCUUCUGGCUGUGUUUUAAGGAAAAAAGAGAAAGGUUCCUUGUGAAAGGAGGGGAGCCGGAGCAUCGAAGGUGAAAUCCCACCCACCGCAGGGUCUCUGAGCCGCAGGGCGGCGGCGGGGUGCUGUGUGUGGGGGGCGCGUGCCCCGACCUGCCCUCGCCGAGUCACGGCGGCUGGGGGUGCUGCCGACACUGCCUCGGGCGCACAGGUGGCCCGGCCUGCGUGCGUCUGCCCGGGAGGAUGCCGGCUGACCCGCCGUCCUUGUGUUCCAGGGAAACCUCCGCCAGCAUGGGAUUGGCCGGGAGGCAGAGCUGCUCCUUCGCGGGGAUGCUGACAGGCAGCCUGCUCCUCUUCGCUGUCUCCCCUGGGGCCAGGACCACAGGGGCGGCCGAGUGCCCCGACCGGAGCCCCGGGCUGCAGCCCUGGAGCCCGGGCCACGACCGGGACCACCGUGUGUCCAUCGGCCAGGGCAGCGCACUCCUGCUGACCUCGUCCGCCACCGUCCACUCCAUCCACAUCUCCGACGGAGGGAAGCUAGUCAUUAAAGACCACGAGGAGACCAUUGUUCUGCGUGCCCGGCACAUCCUGAUUGACAAUGGAGGAGAACUGCAUGCUGGGAGUGCCCUCUGCCCUUUCCAGGGCAAUUUCAGCAUCGUUUUGUAUGGCAGGGCUGAUGAAGGCGUUCAGCCGGACCCCUACUUCGGGCUGAAGUACAUCGGAGUUGGCCAGGGAGGCACCCUGGAGCUGCACGGCCAGAAGAAGCUCUCCUGGACGUUUCUGAACAAGACCCUCCACCCGGGUGGCAUGCAGGACGGAGGCUAUUUUUUUGAGAGGAGCUGGGGCCACCGCGGAGUCAUCGUUCACGUCAUCAACCCCAGAUCGGGGGCAGUCAUCCACUGUGACCGGUUCGACACCUACUCGUUCAAGAAGGAGAGCGAGCGUCUGGUGCAGUACUUGAACGCGGUGCCCAACGGCAUGAUCCUGUCCGUCGCGGUGAACGACGAAGGGUCCCGGAACCUGGACGACUCGGCCCGGAAGGCGAUGACCAAACUGGGCAGCAGACAUUUCCUGCGCCUCGGAUUCAGACACCCGUGGAGCUUCGUGACGGUGAAGGGAGACCCCGCCGCCUCCGUGGAAGACCACACGGAGUACCACGCAGGCCACCGCGGCUCGGUCGCUGCCCGGGUGUCCAAGCUGUUCCGGUCGGAGCACGGCGAAUACUUCAACGUGUCCUCGUCCAGCGAGUGGGUUCAAGACGUGGAGUGGACGGAGUGGAUCGACCACGACAGGGUGUCGCACACGAAAGGUGGGGAGAAGAUUUCCGACCUCCGGGCGGCUCACCCGGGGAAGAUCUGCACCCGCCCCCUUGAUAUACAGGCCACGACAGUGGACGGGGCAAACCUCAGCAUGGAGGUCGUCUACAAGAGAGGCCAGGAUUAUAGGUUUGUGUGCUACGCCCGGGGCCAUGCCUGCCAGAGGUACCGAGUGCGGUUCCUGUGUGGGAGGCCCGUGAGGCCCAAACUCACGGUCACCGUCGACACCAACGUCAACAGCACCGUCCUGACCCUGGAAGACAAUGUGCAGUCGUGGAGGCCCGGGGACACCCUGGUCGUUGCCAGUACGGAUUACUCCAUGUACCAGGCGGAAGAGUUCCGGGUGCUCCCCUGCAGAGCCUGUGCCCCCAGCCAGGUCCGAGUGGCAGGGAAGCCCGUGUACCUGCACAUCGGGGAGGAGAUCGACGGCGUGGACAUGCGGGCCGAGGUGGGGCUCCUGACCCGGAACAUCGUGAUCAUGGGGGCGAUGGAGGGCGCGUGCUACCCCUACAGCAACCACAUCUGCGACUUCUUUGACUUCGAUACCUUCGGGGGCCACAUCAAGUUUGCGCUGGGCUUUAAGGCGGCACAUCUGGAGGGCGUGGAGCUGAAGCACAUGGGGCAGCAGCUGGUGGGCCAGUACCCGAUUCACUUCCACCUGGCUGGCGACGUGGAUGAGCAGGGCGGCUACCACCCGCCCACCUACGUCCGGGACCUGUCCAUCCACCACACCUUCUCCCGCUGUGUCACCGUCCACGGCUCCAAUGGCCUGUUGGUCAAGGACGUGGUGGGCUACAACUCUUUGGGCCACUGCUUCUUCACGGAGGACGGGCCGGAGGAACGCAACACCUUUGACCACUGCCUCGGCCUCCUGGUCAAGUCUGGGACCCUCCUGCCCUCUGACCGCGACAGCAGGAUGUGCAAGACGAUCACAGAGGACUCGUACCCGGGCUACGUCCCCAAGCCCCGGCAGGACUGCAACGGUGUGUCCACCUUCUGGAUGGCCAACCCCAACAACAACCUCGUGAACUGCGCUGCUGCAGGGUCCGAGGAGACGGGAUUCUGGUUCAUUUUCCACCACGUGCCGACGGGCCCCUCGGCGGGGAUGUACUCCCCGGGCUACUCGGAGCACAGCCCCCUGGGCAGGUUCCUCAACAACCGAGCCCACUCCAACUACCGGGCUGGCAUGAUCAUAGACAAUGGCGUCAAAACGACCGAGGCCUCUGCCAAGGACAAGCGGCCCUUUCUUUCCAUCAUCUCUGCCAGGUACAGCCCUCACCAGGACGCCGACCCGCUGAAGCCCCGGGAGCCGGCCAUCAUCAGGCACUUCACCGCCUACAAGAACCAGGACCACGGGGCCUGGCUGCGCGGCGGGGACGUGUGGCUGGACAGCUGCCGGUUUGCUGACAACGGCAUCGGCCUGACCCUGGCCAGUGGCGGGACCUUCCCGUACGAUGACGGCUCCAAGCAGGAAAUCAAGAACAGCCUGUUUGUCGGCGAGAGCGGCAACGUGGGGACCGAGAUGAUGGACAACAGGAUCUGGGGCCCUGGAGGCUUGGACCACAGCGGAAGGACCCUCCCCAUAGGCCAGAACUUUCCGAUCCGAGGCAUCCAGUUCUACGACGGCCCCAUCAGCAUCCAGAACUGCACCUUCCGCAAGUUCGCGGCCCUGGAGGGCCGGCACACCAGCGCCCUGGCCUUCCGCCUGAACAACGCCUGGCAGAGCUGCCCCCACAACAACGUGACCGGCGUCACCUUCGAGGAUGUCCCGAUCACCUCCAGAGUGUUCUUCGGGGAGCCCGGGCCCUGGUUCAACCGGCUGGACAUGGACGGGGACAAGACGUCGGUGUUCCACGACGUGGACGGCUCCGUGUCCGAGUACCCCGGCUCCUACCUCACCAAGGCCGACAACUGGCUGGUCCGGCACCCGGACUGCAUCGACGUCCCCGACUGGAGGGGGGCCAUCUGCAGCGGGCGCUACGCACAGAUGUACAUCCAGGCCUACAAGACCAGCAACAUGCGGAUGAAGAUCAUCAAGAAUGACUCCCCCAGCCGCCCCCUGUUCCUGGAGGGGGCCCUGACCAGGAGCACCCACUACCAGCAGUACCAGCCGGUCGUCACCCUGCAGAAGGGCUACACCGUCCACUGGGACCGCACGGCCCCCGCCGAGCUCGCCAUCUGGCUCAUCAACUUCAACAAGGGCGACUGGAUCCGAGUGGGGCUCUGCUACCCGCGCGGCACCAGCUUCUCCAUCCUCUCGGACGUCCACAACCGCCUGCUGAAGCAGACGGCGAAGACGGGCACCUUCGUGAAGACGCUGCAGAUGGAGAAGGUGGAACAGAGCGUGCCCGGCCGCAGCCACUACUACUGGGACGAGGCGUCAGGGCUGCUGUUCCUGAAGCUGAAGGCCCAGAACGAGAGGGAGAGGUUCGCCUUCUGCUCGGUGAAGGGCUGCGAGAGAAUCAGGAUCAAAGCUCUGAUCCCCAAGAACGCAGGCGUCAGCGACUGCACGGCCGCAGCAUACCCCCGGUUUGCCGAGAGGGCCGUCGUGGACGUGCCGAUGCCCCGGAAGCUGGUCGGCGCCCAGCUGAAGACCAAGGACCACUUCCUGGAGGUGAAGAUGGAAAGUUCCAGGCAGCGUUUGUUCCACUUUCUGAGCGACCUCGCUUACAUUGAAGUGGAUGGCAGGAGGUACCCCAGCAUGGAGGAUGGCAUCCAGGUGGUGGCGAUCGACGGCAGGCAGGGGCGCGUGCUGGGCCACGUGAGCUUCAGGAGCGCCGUUCUGCAGGGCAUACCGUGGCAGCUCUUCAGCUACGUGCGGGGCCUCCCCGACAACUCCAUAGUCCUCAUGGUGUCGAGGGGAAGAUACAUCUCCAGGGGCCCGUGGACUCAAGUGCUCGAGAAGCUCGGGGCGGACAAGGGGCUCAAGUUGAAAGAGAAGGUGGUGUUCGUUGGCUUCAAAGGCAGCUUCCGGCCCACCUGGGUCACUCUGGACACCGAGGACCACAAGGCCAAGAUCUUCCAAGUCGUGCCCAUCCCCGUGCUGAGGAAGAAGAGGCUGUGAGGACGACUGUCACCCUGGGGCCACCCUGCGUGGACUGGGAUGGGGGACUCUUGGCAGCGGACCAGGGCAGGGUGGCUGGUCCCUGCACAGCCCCUGUGCACGAAGGCCGUGGGUCCAGGCGGGAGCCAAGGGAAGGACACACGACUCCUGGCACCUCCGUCUACCCCCACCCGUGCGCCUGCCUGCAGCUGGGGAGGUGCUGGAGACCUGUUCUCCCUGCAGUCUCCCGGGUGCUUCUCUCCCCCCCGUGCCUCUCCCGCGGGAGGUGUAGGGGCCACGCGAGGAGACUGGGCUGCCCUGGCAGCAGGGGCCACUCUGGCGGGGAUGUGGACUGGGCGCUGGGCCCUCACAGACCCCACGCUCCCUGGCCCCCACACGGUGGGUGUAGGAAAAGAUGUAGGAGAAGAGCCCUGGCCUCAUGGAAAUCUUCGUCCCAUAAGUGAGAACCAGCCUUCCCAGGAGUAUUGGCGGCGGGACAUUCAGAACUGCCUGCCCUUGGGGAAGGGGUGAGGCCUGCCUUUUGAGGGGGGUGGUCAACCCGCCAGGAAAUUCCAGCCCCAGGUUGAGAUCAGACUAGUGGACUUAAAAACCUUGUCAGUCUAGAGAGAGAUCUGGGAAGCCUGUGGCUUUACACAGUGCCUGGAACCCAGGAGGAGUGGGUGGGAGCGCCCCUGGGUGGGGGGCAGGGCCUGGGGAGGGGCCGCAGUCUUCAGGACUGGCAGUCAGGCGCAGGUGCCCUGGGACACCAGGCAGAGGCGCCAGAGAGCACAAAAUGGGGACCAGCACCCAUCCAGAGAGGGAAAGAUUCUACCUGUUCGGGUGAGUCAGGAAGGCUGCAUGUAGGAAGAGGCAGUGGGGCAGCCUCCACUUUGUUCAGGCUACCUGCCGGCCCACUCGCGGGCACACAGCUGCGGCCACUCCGCCGGUGCUCCCCGUUCUGUAGGUCUGCAGGCGCAGCCCAGCACACAGCACCGCGCACGCCGGAACAUUCUCUGCGAGCUGCCUUGGCUGCUCUCGGAGCCUGAGGGGCCGUGGGGUCCACCCCAGGCCCUGCAGCUACUGCUCAGCCCCCUGCUCUGUCCCCUGCCCCGGGGAGAGAGCUGAGCCGAGAGCCCUCUGAAGAGGGAAAACUACCUGUGGUUUAUGCACUCUCGUGACGCGCCAGCUCCCUCCCCAGCCACACUUUUUCUGCAGGGAGGGCCCAGCUGCACCCCCGAGACUCGGUCCGAAUCCAUUCCUUAGGUUGAGUCAACUGCCAGAGAGGUUCUGCCACCACACGGCAGGGUGUUUGAUGCUAGGAGGAGACAAGAGGUAGGAGGUGACAAGAGGACUCCGCCUCUGGCCACAGGGCAGCCUCCCAGGCCCUGGUGUGUGUGUGGGGGGGGGGACCUCUUGCGGGCAGAGCAGUGGAGGGGGAGGCGGGUCACCGUGACCUCACGUUCCUCUCGUCUGCGUCGUGCUCCUCAGUCCCCUCUCGGGCAAGGGUCUCACACUGUGAACCACUCGGGACGCGCUCACUGCAGGAGGCCAGGGAUGCUGACCGUCUGCGGCUCAGCCCAUUUCAGAAAGCGUCUGCUUGGGGAUGCUCAGAACUGUACACGUCCCAGAGAACCUCUGCUAAACCGUGCACCAGCAGCCGACGUCCAGGUGCGCCCUGGGCAGCAGGGAUGCUCCUACUGCCUAGAAAACGCCUCGUCCCUUCUGUGCGUGAGCAUCGGCACGAAUCAGGCUCCUAAGAAAAACAGCACACCUCUGACAUGCCAGCCUUUCUCCUGUCGCCGAAAUAGCGGGUCCUUUUUCGGGAAUUAGCUGUAUAGUGUGUUUUGUAUGUAAACAUUUCUUGUAGGCGUCACCAUGAACAAAGAUAUAUUUUCUAUUUAUUUAUUACACAUGCACUUGGAGAAGUCCUUGUCAGAGAAAUGAAGAACUGCCUUAAAUGUCGUGUCCGGGGAGUCCUUUGACGGCCUGCAGGUGCCCCAGAGCCUCCGCCUGCUCCAGGGCACAGGGCUCUGCUGUGGGAGCCCUCGCUGCACCACAGUAAAUGCAGGAAGGAUGCCGUCUGUCUGUCUGUCUUCCUUCACGGCAGGCCUCCUAUCUAAGAUGAGGUUGAUGGCGUGCCCUGUGGGUCUGCCUUUCAUUUCCCAGAAUACUCCGGGGCGGGCGGGGGCGGGCAGAGGGGGCAGGCCCCGCCCUCCCGCUGCUCACGGAUGGCGUUACAGAUGCUCUGCGGCCUCCACCCUCCGUGGAGCGCCCCGUGUGUGCCAGCUCUGUGCGCGCCGUUUCGUUUCCUCUCCGUGACCCCACGCGGCUGACGUGUCAGCGGCGAGUCUGAAGUCGGACGUCCCGGCCCUGACUUUAUGACCUGUGUCUCGGGCACGUGAUUUAAGCGCCUCACCUGAGCCCAUGGGAACUAAUACAAGUCCCCACCUCAGAGGUCGUGAGGAUGGGGUGAGUGAAUCCAUGGGAAGCACCGAAUAAGCACUCGAUGCUUGUUAACUAUUAUCGUGGUUUCUGGUUUGUUUCUUAGGUGAAUACACAGAAGCUCGUAAGGGUGAAAGGCCUCGCGGAGGUCGCAGCUAGGGAGCAGCAGUGGCACCCUGAGCCAGCUCGCUCUCAGGUGGAACGUCUGAGUUCAGGUCCCAGCACCGUGGUGCUGGGGAAAUGCUUCCCUUCUCUGAGCCCCCGUUUCCCGGUGUGGAAGACAGUGUGCAGGCCUUCCUGAGCCUUGGGCUGCUGCGACAGUGAGGUGGGCCAGCACACAGGGCAAGGAGGGCUGCAGAGGACAGGAGGCUAUCUGCGUGUCCUCACAGGCAUUUGGCAAGCACAGCGUGAGUGGGCUGUGAAACAGCAAAAUUCUCCCCACAGGAGGGUGUCAGAGCGGCAGGUGGUGAGGCCCGAGGCAAGUGGGCCUCUGCUGCCCCCUUGUGGACAUAAGUCUCCACUUUUAACUGUCAUCUCUACACAGAGGGACAAUAAUGGUCACUUCAGAGGGGCUUUAACCUGACAGCUUCCCCAGCUGUACCUUGGUUUUCUGCACCAAAAGGUGGAAAGAACAAACAGUGGUGCCUUGCUCCACAGUGGUUGUGUGAAAGGAGGGUGCAUCCCCACCCCCGCUGGUUCACUGGUGCCCUGAAGCUGUGCCCACUCCCCGGGGCGGGGCAGGUGUGGACUCAUGUGAGGUGGAGAACAGGAGGCGUGUGCACGCUCUAAAAAGCUCAGUAAGGCCAAAACACAAUGAAAUCUUUAAAAAUAAAACUCAAUUCAGAAAUAAAAAAAACUGGUGCCCCAAAUACCAAUACAAAACCAAGAAAUAACUUAGAAGAUAAAUUUUCCCAAAAUGAAAAAAAAAAGUGACUCCACAUUUGAAAAUGUUCUGGGAUAUAAAGAAACAGCCCCUGAAAAUCAGCACUAAGGCUUUGCUGUCAGGGGUGAGGCACCAUCCCCGGGUGAGCUGACAGGAAAAGCAGAUAGAAUGGCAAGGAUGCUUUCAGAGUCCUCGGAGGAGUCUGUCAGCGUCCAAGGGAGGACAGGAGGGAGUUCACACACGUCCUCACCUUGGCCAACGGUUCACACACGCUCAGCUGGAAAAGGUUCUCCAGCGCAAAGGAAACCAGCAGAACCGAACACGCCAGUGUGACCGUCAGACUCGAGGGCGUGAGGACGAGGGGCGUGCUUGUGUCUGCGUUCUCCUUUGACAGCUUGCAGUCCCACGGUGCUGUGAAAAUGUGUCAGAUGAACACACUCGAAAACCAACAUGUGAAAUUAAGUUCACACGUCUGUGCGUACCUUCCCCCCCACCCCCCUCAAGUACGGCGUUUCUCCUGCUCCUGGGUCUGCACGCUGGGGCCCCGCCCGGCCGGGGCAGGGGCAGGCGUGCUGUCAGAUCAGUGCGCAGUCUCUGCCUACGACACCUGAUUAGUGUGUUCUCCUCUCCAGCCCCCGUCCUCUUCAUGGGCCUCUGCACGGGACGCUCCUCGCUGUGGAUCACUCCUUGCCUCCUCCCGUCUGGGGAAGGUCCUCUCUGACCACCCUUUCCUCCCCGCUCUUACAGUCACCGUCUGAAUGUGAAUGUGGGUAGUACUUGUCUUCCCCACCAAAUCCUUCAGUUCCACGAUACAGGGGCUCCAUCUCCACUGUCCCUGGCAUCUCAGUGCUGAGCACGGAACACUCAGCAACUACUGGCGGAGGGGGCUGCACGAGACAGAGAUGACACUCUAACGGGGAGGACCAGGUGCAAACACAAGGGACAGGCAGACGGCCACACGCCCUCCUGUUCAGUGAAAACAGUCACCCAGCCGGGAGAGCAGCUCCACACUAGACUGUCAGCGCUGCAGACAACAGGAACCCCGCAAACCGCCCUGAGGAAACACUGGGAGCCCCAGGGCACAUGCCAGACCCCACUGGGCUCGGGCUCAGAGCUCUGAUUUGCAGCCUGCACGCUCUGUUUAGUCGGGGGCACUGCCCUCUCUUCCCUUAGAUGGUCAAAUAAAAAAAUGACAGCAGCCAACACGACAACAGCCAUCUGAUGUGAAUCAAUCAAAAUUAUACCUAUUUUUUUUGAGCAAGUGGCCAAAAAUAUGUAUUUCUUUUGUGUGCUGCAAUACUGUAGUCUUUAGUUUUCGUGCCAUGAGAUGAAAAAGGUUGGAAAUCGCUGGCUUAGACGACACCAUCAGGGCCUGGCUGUCCCCUGCGUAUCCUCACCGUGUGCACUGGCUCUGUUCCGUCAGUGCCUCUGGACGGGCCACGGGGGGCCACCACAGCCCCACGCCUCACAUCCUCUCGGCCCAGACUGCAGGAGAAGCCAAGGCCACCUACCUCUUCCUGACGCGGCUCAGCACACUUAGCUGGGGUCAGUGCUUCGUCCCUGCAGCAGUGCAGUGUGGAGGCUGGGGGGUCAGCAGGGCAGAUGCCGCAGCCGGAGCACGGAAUCGAGAGGGAAAGCAGAUGAUGCGAGGCCGGCGCACAUGUCACGACCAGCUGCGAACACACGUGCUGCUAGUAAGAGGAGCAGCAGUGCCCACUGGGGCGGCGGCAGCAGUGGCUCGACAGAUCGUCUACCCAGUGCCCUCUUCAAUGAUGGCGCUGUCUGACUAGGUACACGUGUUACUUGGUGGAAAUCACAACGGAAGGUUUUUACAAACAAUUUUACUUCUUAAAAAUGACGGCUGCAUAGAAGUUCUGUGACUCUUACCCAGAGUAGGCUCCCACGCGAACAGCGAGAUCAGAGAUCAGCAGGUAGGGCGUCAUGUGAGUACCGUGCAGAAACACCACAAAUCUAGGCACUUUGUCGAAGAAACACAUUUACAAACGAGUGAGGUUACCAGGCAUCCCACCGCACUCUGCAGAGGACUCUGCCAACUCCCAACUCACGUCCUGUAACAUGGCCACCUCAGAUGAAACACGCAAGCCCCAACAUGAGCACAUUUCCUAAAUAAGGACACAGAACAGGACCCUGAAUCUCACCGGCCACCUGACGUGACACCGACCUGAGUCCAAGGCAUUCAAAGGAAACCCUCGGGAGCUCCGAGUGACAGGGCUGCCUGUCCUCUGCACUCUCUGCAGGCGCGGGACUCACGCACGCUGGUGCCCAGGUCGCUCGUUCAAGUGCCUGAGCUCCGGGCGGGGCUCUCAGGGCGUUUUCAAUAGCAAUGAAAAAGAUUUUCUGUGGCAUGAGGAGCCUGAUUCACUUAAAUGAAGCCUUAACAUCUGUCUGAUUAGAACCU